UUUACAGGUGGUCACAUGCUGCUUUCUUCAUCGCUACAAGCAACAAUGCAUGCCCGUUGCAGGUUGCCACUCAUGUCAGAGGACCGGCGGGAUGAAGACCUGCGAUUAGGGGGUCAGGUUUGCUGAAAAAAAGUGGCAGCAGGGCUCAUGGGACAGGAGAGUUGGGGGCCAAUGUCCACUUCAGGGAUGAAUGCCGCACCGGGGGUGCCGCCUCCAACUGCGGGGAUGAGCGGCAGCCCUCCACCGCCGGCUUCUCUCUCCCCCAGAAUGAGCGCAUUCCAGUCUGGGGGUUCUCCCAAGAUGCCUUCCAAUCCUCCAAAUUCCCCUGCCAGGUCCAUUAUGAGCUCCCCAAGACUAUGGCAGAAGGCGUCCAUCUCCAGACUAGCAGAGGAGUUUUUCUGGAUUGGUGGGAGUGUGGUGGCUCAGCCUAAAUGGAGGCUAGGCCAAUUUGUGGAGAGAUGCAUGUGCACGAUGCAGACUGGGACCCAGAUGACCAAACUCAAGGGAAAGAAGAAAGGACUCAUGCGCUUUUACUACUUGGAUGAGCACCGCUCGUGCAUCCGAUGGCGUCCUUCCAGGAAACACGACAAAGCCAAAAUUACAAUUGACUCCAUCCACGAGGUUCGUGAGGGGAAAAAGUCAGAGGUUUUCCGACGAUACGCCGACAAUCGCUUUGACCCAAACUGCUGCUUCAGCAUCUACUACGGUGAGCGCGUCAAGUCAUUGGACCUGGUCAGCACCAACGGCGAGGAGGCCCGCACUUGGAUCAACGGACUCAAGUAUCUCAUGGCUGGCAUCAGCGACGAAGACAGUUUGGCUAGGAGGCAGCGCACCCGUGAUCAAUGGCUUCAGCAGACUUUCUCGGAGGCAGACAAAAAUGGAGAUGGCACCCUGAGCAUUGGUGAAGUCCACCAACUGCUUCACAAACUCAACGUGAAUCUACCUAAGCAGAAAGUCCGUGAGAUGUUCCAGGAAGCAGACACAGACGAAAACCAGGGCUCUUUGGGAUUCGAGGAAUUCUGUUCUUUCUACAAGAUGAUCUCCACGCGCCGAGAUCUCUACCUUAUUAUGAUUUCCUACAGCAACCAAAAAGAAGUAAUGGACCUCCACGACCUCGCCCGCUUCCUGGAGAACGAGCAGAAGAUGCAAGGUCUAACCAGAGAGCACCUGAUGGAAAUCGUGGCCAAGUUUGAGCCAUGUCCUGUCAACCUGCAGCGUCUGGUUCUGGGAAUAGAUGGUUUUACGAACUACAUGCGAAGCCCGAGCGGAGAUAUUUUCAACCCAGAGCAUAACCAGGUUAACCAGGACAUGACACAGGCACUGGGCAAUUACUUCAUCGCCACUUCGCACAACACCUACCUGACCGGAGACCAGUUGCUAUCGCAAUCUAGUGUGGAGAUGUAUGCCUACGUUCUCCAGGCUGGUUGUCGCUGCGUGGAAGUGGACUGCUGGGAUGGGCCAGAUGGCGAGCCCAUCAUUCACCACGGCUACACAUUGACAUCGAAAAUCCUUUUCAAAGACGUCAUUGAAACAAUCAACAAAUAUGCCUUCACAAAAUCACAGUAUCCAGUGAUUUUGUCCAUAGAGAACCACUGCAGUGUGCCUCAGCAGAAGAAAAUGGCAGAAUACCUGAAAGAGGUGCUACAGGAUAAACUGGACCUGUCCAACAUCAACACGCAUGAAUUCAGGAAGCUGCCUUCGCCAGAGAUCCUUAAGGGAAAAAUAUUAGUCAAGGGAAAGAAACUCCCAGCAAACCUUGAUCCGAAUGCCGAGGAAGGAGAUGUGUCUGAUGAAGACACUGGGGAUGAGGAAGAAGAGUAUGACGAAGAAGAUUAUUCCCAGGAAGAAAACUGUGGUCUAGCUGCUCGACAGCCAAAGAAGAAGAGGCGCUUCGGCAGAUCCAUCAUGAGAAGCUUCAAACGCAAGAGAAAAAAGAGAAUGCGAGGAAGGAGUAAGGUCAGGUCUGAUGGAGAGUCUGACUAUAGCAGCGGCAGUAGGGACAGGACACAAAUAGUUUAUCAUCCAAAGAAGAGGAAAACAAUGAGGUUGUCCCGUGCUCUGUCCGACCUUGUCAAGUACACAAAAUCUGUCCGGGUGCACGACAUAGAAACUCAAGGUACCCCUCAUUUUACUAUGAGACCUAGCAAUGGUAACAAACUGUUAUUUGGAAAAACUAAUUUUGUAUUUUGUCCGGCAGCCUAUACAAACAGUUGCCAGGUUUCGUCGCUCAACGAAACCGUGAUGAAUCAGAUUGUGCUGCUGAAGCCUCGUCAGCUGGUGCGCUUCAACCAGCGCCAACUCCUGAGAGUCUACCCGUCCAAUUACAGGGUGGAUUCCAGCAACUUCAACCCGCAACCCUACUGGAACACAGGGUGUCACAUGGUGGCAAUGAACUAUCAAACAGAGGGUCGUAUGCUCGAACUGAACAGAGCCAAGUUCUCAAGCAACGGAAACUGCGGCUACAUUCUGAAACCUAAAAUCAUGCGUAAAGGUGCCUUUAAUCCCAAUUUGGAAGAUCCACUUCCAGGGCAGAAGAAGAUUCAGUUAGUGCUGAAGAUCAUCAGUGGACAGCAGCUUCCCAAACCUAAGGACUCCAUGUUUGGAGACAGAGGAGAGAUCAUCGAUCCAUUUGUAGAGGUUGAGAUCAUCGGUCUACCUGUCGAUUGUACAAAGCAGCAGACUAGAGUGGUAGAUGACAACGGUUUCAACCCCAUGUGGGAGGAGACUCUUGUCUUCCACAUUCUGAUGCCACAGAUCGCUCUGGUACGUUUCCAAGUCUGGGAUCAUGACCCUAUUGGGCGGGAUUUCAUCGGUCAGAGGACAAUAUCUUUCAGCAGUAUGAUGCCAGGUUAUCGGCAUGUGUACUUGGAAGGGAUGGCAGAGUCUUCCAUCUUUGUUCACAUUGCUAUCAUCGAUGGGAAGGUAAAGCCAGCAAAUGCUGUACAAGUGGCCAGAAAGCACAUUCAGAAAGCAGCCCAGAAACACAUGAAGGGACCCCAAAGGCAGCCGUCCCUCGAUUCCUCCGUCCAGUCCUCCGAAGACUGGCCCCCCUUGUAUCUCCGCAAGGACGCCGACUGCUUCUCCCAGGACAGCAGGAACGAAGAAAUGUCCCCUUUGGUGCAAGGGCCCGCCGCCAGGGCAGCCAUGCACAGAGGGAUCAUGAGUGAACCCGUGAGACGUGCCCACCGAGUCAAAAUUCAUGAGCCAACACAGAUGAGGAGAGGGAUCUUUAGUAAGAUGUCUUCUACAGAUUCAAACAGAGUACCGGCAUUUCUGCUUCAAGAGAGCUUUGACCUGGACAGCCCUUCACGCCCAAACAGUCCUAUCGAAGACAGACAGGAUCCCGUUGCAGUUAAUUUCAGUCAUCCGCAGUCUUUGCCUGAAGCUGAUGAGUUGCAAACACUGACCCCAUUUAGAGAAGAGGAGCCUGAACCCUCUGUGGUGGCUGAUGCAGAAACAGUGACUGACACAGAUCCACCGGGGGAACCUCCGCCUGCAGCUCCUCCAUCGAUACCACACCAUCCCCUAUGUUCCGAAGCAAAAUUUGUACCUCUUAUCCCUCCGCCUUCCCCAGCUCGCGUCAGAAGAACAUUAGAGGCACCUGCCACCCCCAAGCCCUCCACCCCAAUACGAACUAAAGUGCGCUCACGCAGUUGCCCCCGAAAACCCAAUAUCUCCCCUGUCACACCCAUGGUAGACCGCAGAUCCGCUUUCCGUUGGCAGACUUGGCGAGUCCAGAGCAUGGCCGAGGACAGCGACCACCUAGUAAGAACUGUACCCAACGGCCUGUGCUUGUCUGACAGUUCGUCUAGCAGCGGGGGCAGCUCAGACAGCCUGGAGUUCAGAGAUGCCCCCGUUGCGGCAGGUGCUGAGCAGUGUGAUGGCACCCUGCAGAGGGAGAUGAAGGCACUUUUUGACCAAAAACUGAGAGCAAUUAGAUGCACAUCCCCACUUUUGUUUGAUGUAAAAGGAUCUGAGAACACAUUUGGGCCUAGGUAGGCUUUGUUACCACUAGUUAGUCUAACAAGGUGCAGUGGUACAUCGACUUAAAAAAAUUGUGUCCAGGAUUAUAACAAAAUUACAAAUAACCACCUCAUUCGUGAAUUUUGUGUACUUGCAUGCUUUUUUUUUUAUAUUUCGGACAAAUACAAGUCUAAUAAAAAUAUCACUAUUAAGCCAUGUGGUGGCAUUUUGCUGCCAAGCGCAUAGGUUAAAAAUAGAUGAGCUUCAUUUAGGCCGGUCAUAGCUUAGUAUGCUUUUCUGUCAUCUGUCUUAUCUGUUUUUGAAUCCGUGUCUGUUACUCAUUUUCUUCAUAGGCAGCAGGGUUUUGUCCCUAUCCCUUGCUAACAGUACACAUUCACGGUCUUUCAAAUACGAACAUACAUAUUCCCCAGCAGAACAAACUGAAAUGCCGGGUAUUGAGCUGAACAAAAACAAAAAGACAUUUUUUUAGAGUGCUGGCCAAUUGAGAGAAUUUUUACUGAUCUUUCAAAUCCUAUCGAAUAUUGUGCUUUAUGACCAGGCAAACAUGGAGACUACCAUAUAAGCAAUUAUAUCUACAAUUCCUGAUUCCAUUUUGUUUUUUUGUUUAUUAAAAAUUGAUAACAGACUUUUUGUGAAAAUAUAUACUACUGCAUUAAUAUUUCUGGCGGCUACUGUCUGUAAAGUCUGAAACUAAUUUUGGCCUAAAAUAUAAAACAAAAAAAAUUUAAUAAUCAUGUCCCGACAAAACAACAUCUCUUUACUGGCACUCAGUCAAGGCACACUGAUGCCAAAUAGCAUGAACAAACGUGAUGUGGUGAAAACAGGUCACAGAAAUUAUCUCAAUGUUACCACAGUUGGGUUAACCUUGUCUGGCCGACUUUGAAAUAACUGAAAUUCUUCGGUGAAAAUGCUAUACUGUUUUGCAAAGCACUUAAUUUGUCAUCCAGGUCCUGAAAUAGAAAAGCAGCCUUCAAAUAGAUGAAAUUCUAACAAGGAAUAAGUUCCUUUAUUGGCAUGUCAUAGUAAAAUAAAAUGCUAUACUGUUUUGCAAAGCACUUAAUUUGUCAUCCAGGUCCUGAAAUAGGAAAGCAGCCUUCAAAUAGAUGAAAUUCUAACAAGGAAUAAGUUCCUUUAUUGGCGUGUCAUUGUAAAAUAACAAAAUUUGUGUGACUGUUUUUAUUUUAAGCUUCCUUAAAUUUCUAGAAGCAUACUAGUAGCAAUUGUUUACAUAUAGUUCAUAGUUAGAGAUGUUAAUUGUUUGAGUAUUUGUAUUAUUGUUACCAAGCCAUUGAUUAUGUAUGGGGUUUUAAAAGAGUUAUAGGCCAUCAGAAAGGGUCUUUUGUCAGUGUGUGAAGAAAGAUUCUAUGCCUUUUCUGUCUCUUUUUCAGCAGGCUCUUGAGCUCGCUUUGUUGCACUGUUGUUGUCGUUUUUUCUGAAACGCAGGCUGAGUUCUUCAGUCAGCACCCGGCAGAAGGAUUUCUGUGGGCAAGAUGUAUUGAAACACAAAAGAAAAGAAACGUAUAUUGAGGAUUUUCAUUGUAUCUGUGACUUGUGAGUUUUAAAAUGAGAAAAUCCUGAAAAAUAUGAAACUGUUUGCAUCAUCAAAACUGUGAUGUAGUGUAUUUUUUUAAAUAGCUAAUAUCAAAUAUAUGUUAUAACCAUAGGCGGAGUUUGACUUUUGGGGCAGGGGGGGACAACAUGAUGAUGACCCCCCCCAAACGCAGUAUCAGCAAUAAAAUUAACUUACAAGAAUAUUUAUAAUAAUAAGUUGACAGUGUUUUUUGUUUCCCAUCAUUCUUGAGGGGGAUUCUAAAUCAGACUGCUUAGGCAAUACUUUUCGCCAAGAUCAUCAUCCAUUAAAUAUGGUACGCCCGCCGGUGUCGUGCCAAUGUAGUUACCCCAAUCAUAAAUUGUAUCCCCUGGGCAGAGCCAUA